GUUUUGUUGUGUUUGGUUUUGGUUUGUAGUGGGUUUGUGCGACUUUAAUUCGAUUAUCAAAAAAAAUGGAAAAGAAACCUCGUUUGCGUGCUCCAAAUUUCACUCAAAGUGAUAAUUUACUUUUGUGUGACGUAGUCAGCAAAUACAUACAUAUCAUUGAAAAUAAAAAAACUGACGGAGCUAGCCUCCUGCAAAAACAGAAGGCUUGGCUUGAGGUGGCCGAGGAAUACAACUCAUCCACGACAGGUUUCUCUCGUACCGCAGAAAGCUUGCAGCAAACAUACAAAAAUCUAAAGAAAAGAGCCAAAAAGAAUGCGUCUGAUGAAAAGAUGGAUAUUCCAGUGGAUCCUAGUUUGGUGCUGAAUGUAGAAAAGUGUGGCACAUCUUCCCAAAACUGUGACUGGGGUGAAGAAGCCAUAAAUACGGGUGCAUUAGAAGAAACGUGCAAAGAAAUGUUUGCAGCAUUAAAUAAGGAAGCAAACACAAGCAACACAAUUAUGGAUACAGGAGGUGGGCCACCACCUAACGUUGACAAAGAUCCAGUAUUGGAAAAAGUUAAAGCUCUUACUGGACCUGUUAUGAAUGGUGUUCACACAAUUUAUGAUGGAGAUAGCAGUCUUACAGCAUCCCAAAAUAUACCACCAAUAGAACUUCAUCAUAUUGGAUCAGAUUCUACACUACUGGAUAUGCAAGAGAGCCAAGAUCAUGCUCAUAGCCAGGACAACGGGACAUAUUUCACUAACAACAGAGCAAAUUUAAAGAGAAAGAUACACCAUUUAUUAACUCGUAAACGGAAACUAGAAACUGAAACUAGACAGGUCAAAAUGGAGUUACUGGAGCUACAGAAGGAGUUUGUCAAAACGCAGCUGCAAGAGGAACGGGAUCGUGCGGAGCAUAACCGUAUGCUGAGAGCCAUGGAUAUGGAGGAUGCAAAACAAAAGUAUACACACAAUGAGAAACUUAGAGAAAUGGAGAUGGAGGAAAUGAAAAGGAGAAACGAAUUUAAUGAAAAAAUGAGGCAUUUUCAAUUAAAAUAAUUUUAAU